CUAGUGAUAAUUGGGUAUUCUACAGCUAUGGAAUGUCCUCCGGGCGAGAUACCUGACCAAUGUCCAUCGUUCUGUUCCUACGACUUUUGCCCAACAAAUGAACUAUCGGAUCACAUACCGUGUGAGAAACCGGAUAGACCGUCUGUCUGCCCAAAACCGGCGUGCAAGUGUCCGUUCAAUGAAAGGCGAAAUCGAUUUGGAACCUGUGUUAGUAUUGAUAAAUGCCCGCCAUUUCCAUGCACUCGACCAAAUGAGAAGUACCAGAGCUGUCCACCUUACGUGCCCACUGAUGAUUGCAAAGAUGUUGUGGCCAGUGACUUUAAUAACAUACCUCCGAUUACUAUUUUAAGAUAUUGCUCACCAUCUUGCAGAUGUGUUCCAGGAUUUGGGAGAAAAAAUGGAACUUGUGUUCCUUACAAAUACUGUUUAACGGAAAUAAACAAUUAAACAGAAAAAAAAAACAUUUUAGGGUAUUCUAGAAAAGUAUCUGGAGUACUUGGGAUUUGUCUGAACCCGAGUUCAGUUAAAGUUACAACGGAACCCAAAUGAACCCAAAUGCGAGUAUUCAAAUUCAAAUUCAAAUACUUUAAUUCAGAUU